AUGUGUUUACCUUUGAAAGCACUAUUGCCUACCACUUCGCAGAGUUAUGAUAAUUCAUUUUACAACCCGUCAAAUGAACUUCAUGGGACUCCUUCGAUAAGCAGUGAUCCUUAUGAUACACGUCAGGGGUCCAUUUCGUUUUGUCCUGCAAUAUUUUCUGGCGAAAAGCCAUCGUCAUUAAGUGAAGAAUGCAUAUCGAUGCAAUUGUAUCCUCAAAAUAGCUAUUUAUACGGAAAGCCAUCAGUAUUGCCACAGUUACCUCAUUCUCAACAAGCUUCAGAUGAAUGGAACAGUAAAUGUCCAUAUAUAGGAAACCAAUAUUCGUCUUCAUAUUUAAACUAUUCUAAUUUGCAUAAUUACUCUGUUCUUAAUCAACAAUGUUGUGAAUCAAUGUCGCCAUCAUCGAGCUCUGAAACUGACGUCGAAUAUGGACAAACCCCUUCAGUUCUAAGCCUCCCGGGCUUAACAGGUCCAAUACAAUUAUGGCAAUUUUUAUUAGAACUUCUGAUGAAUGAAUCGGCUAAAUCAUGUAUAACGUGGACUGGAAACGGAUGGGAAUUUAAACUGAAUGAUCCUGAUGAGGUUGCUAGGAAGUGGGGACUUCGCAAAAACAAACCUAAGAUGAAUUAUGAGAAAUUGUCGCGAGGCUUGCGAUAUUAUUAUGAUAAAAAUAUCAUCCAUAAGACACCUGGAAAACGUUACGUGUAUCGUUUUGUAUGUGAUCUCACCUCACUUCUACAAAUGUCUGCUGAGCAGAUGCACUCGAAAAUGAAUGUUAAACGAGAACUAUUUGACUGA